AUGGCACAUCAGAACUCAUCGAAACUCCAUAAAUCUGCAUUCCAUUUCCAUCUCUGUAAUAUUUCCUCCAUUGCUGUCUCCGCUGCUUCUCCGGCGUGCAAAAAACCCACCUUCUUCCCUGUUCCCUGCAGCACCAGAAGAGCUCCUCGAUUCAGGGUCAGUGCCUCCGCCGCCACGGUGGGCUCUUCGGAUCCGGUCACCUUGUACGACCUGCUCUCGGUGUCACACACCGCUGGGGCGCAAGAGAUCCGCGCGGCGUACCGGCGGCUGGCCCUGCGGUGGCACCCCGACGCGUGCCGAUCCGCCGGAGAGGAGCGCCGCUAUGCGGAGCGCUUCAUGGAGGCGGGGGAGGCCUUCGAGGUUCUGUCCGACCCCUCCCGUCGCCGCGACUACGACCUCGCCCUCUCCGGCGACUGCUGGGCCGCGGCCUUCGCGGCCGCCCCGGCCUUCCGCGAGGGCCGAGCUCGGCGGCGCGAGGGCGGAGCCACGGCGUUCGGAAACUGGGACGCGCAGCUGGACGGGCUCCGGCGACGGUCGGCCGCGGCGGAGGCCGGCGGAGAGGAGACGUGGGGCGGACGAGUGAGGAGGGCGGCCGGCGGCGCAGCAAAGGCGGCGGUUUAG